AUGUGUGCCAGAAGGCUGAAUUACGCCGGAGGCGACAAUUUGCCAUUGUAUGCCACACCGGAAGAAGCUAUGAAAGCCGGUCAAAGAGCAGCAGAAGAUGAGGACCGAAGAAGACGUGUCAGAAAAUUUGAACAUGGUGCCCCGUCGUCCGUCCCCAAUUCAAGACAAAGUUCUGCUCCUGCGAUAACGCCCACAAUGCAGCGUCCCGUUGCCAAUAUGCCUUACAACGGGCUCCCGGCAACGCAGUCGAUGCCACAGAUCCCACCGGCUCGAUAUAACCCUGUCCCACAACCGUAUCCGCAGCAACAGAUGCCGAACGGUGGACGCUACCAAAGUAUGCCCCAGCCAGUGAACCACCGCGUCCCUCGGCCUCGGCCAGUACCCAACAACGUUGCACAAGCACGCCAAAUAACUCCUCCCCCAAUGGACCCCUCACGGUCCCGAACCUCACUGGAUGCCGGCGAGCAGCGGGACUCCAUGGACUCCCAGAUCGCCACUCAGCUGUUCCACAAUCAUGACGUCAAACAGCGAGGAAGACUCACCGCAGAAGAGCUUCAAAAUUUGCUUCAAAACGACGACAACACGCACUUCUGCAUAUCUUCCGUUGACGCACUUAUCAAUCUUUUCGGUGCUUCGCGAUUCGGGACCGUCAACCACGCGGAGUUCGUGUCUCUGUACAAACGGGUCAAGAAAUGGAGGAAGGUAUAUGUGGAUAACGACAUCAAUGGCAGCUUCACCAUAUCUGCCAGCGAGUUUCACAACAGUCUGCAAGAGCUGGGAUAUCUCGUGCCUUUUGACGUCAGCGAGAACCUUUUCGAUCAGUACGCAGAGUUUAUCGAUCCUUCAAAGAAUGGCAGAGAGCUCAAGUUUGACCGGUUUGUAGAGGCUCUCGUCUGGCUAAUGCGUCUUACCAAGAUGUUCCGGAAGUUUGACACCAAUCAAGAGGGCAUCGCUACUGUGCCGUACAAGGACUUCAUCGAUUCUACACUUUAUCUGGGACGAUUUCUACCGCAUUGA